CGUUUCCACCCACCAUUUGUAUUUCUCCCUGCCAACAACAACACAAAGAGAAGGUCCUGUAUAAUCUGUCUGGAAGUUUGCAAUAGAAGUUGGGUGUUGUCUGUACGUUUGCAAAGUGAUAAUCGAUAGUCUCGGCAGUUCUUUCCAUCAGUUCCGUUCAUUCAACAGCCUAACCAUUGAGCGACAAAAGUCUUUCGAUAUGGCCGAGCUAAAGUCGGAGCUCGAUAGUGACGCUGAUCAAAACUAUUCCCUUGCUAGUAAUGCCGAUCCUAAAAAUAUGCAGGAGCUAACAAUUUACGUCCAAAGCAUACUUCAAAAUGUACAGGACAAGUUCCAGUCUAUGUCGGAUCAGAUAAUCACCCGUAUUGAUGAUAUGGGGAACAGAAUAGACGAUCUGGAAAAAAGUAUUGGAGAUCUGAUGCAGCAGGCCGGCGUUGAGGGUCAAGAAAAAUGAAAAAUGCAACUGCAAAGUAAGCAUGUUUAUUCCAAAUUACUUUAUUUUUAAUUUUAAAUAACUUUUUGUUGGGCACGACUUUUAAAAAUGCUUAAAAUCAGUAAACAAUCCAAAUAAUUGCACUUGGAAAAGGUUUUAAUUGGCACAAUCAGUCAGAAUAAGUCGACGAGAAAAAAGUUAUCGAUUUAACAGGCGCAUUUUUAUUUACAUCCUAAACAAAAAUCAGGGGUGGCACGAAUGAAGUAAAUGAAAUAUAAAUUACUGCUGCUCAGUCCAUUCUUCA